GCAGGGAAUUCUGGGUAGUGUAGUCUAUUAUAUGAGUCCACUUUCUAGACUUCCGCGAUACACAACAUACUGACGCUAACGGUUUUACUGGGCAGCUUUACGAUACCGGAGACAUUUCUAAAGCUGAAACGCUUUAUAGUUAAUGCUGACGUCACACAUCUCGUCUUUCUCCCGGAAGUUGUUAUUGGUCGAGCGCUGAGACAAAGGAAUAACGGUGAACGAGACGAGGAAUUUGAAGGAUAAAAAAACCCUGAAACCUGGUUUCAUUUGGGAAUAAAGAGUAAUUAAAAAACAACAACAAAAAAACACGCCAUGUCUGAGAAUCUGGAGAAGAGUGAGGCGUCGAACGGAGACUGCGCAUGCGCACUGGGCACGGACACGCCAGAUGCCGGAGGAGUCGAGGCAGGAGGAGGAGAGCCCAUGCAGGUGGACGCCAAAACCUCCGCUUACAACUACAGAUACAGCCUGAGCUACAACUCUAUCGGCCACUGCAUCAUCAUCAACAACAAAAACUUCCACAAGAGCACCGGCAUGAACCAGCGCAACGGGACGGACGUCGACGCCGCAAACGCCAUGAAGACUUUCGGGAAGCUGGGCUACAAAGUGAAGGUGUUCAACGACCAGACCGUAGAUCAGAUCAAGAAACUUUUAGCUGGAGUUGCCAGGGAUGACCACAGUCGCUGUGCCUCCUUUGUGUGCGUGUUGCUGAGUCACGGAGACGAGGGCGUGUUCUUUGGGACAGACGGUGCGUUGGAGCUGAAGGCUUUGACGAGUCUGUUCAGAGGAGACCGCUGCAUAUCGCUAGUGGGCAAACCCAAACUCUUCUUCAUCCAGGCCUGCCGAGGUACAGAGUUGGACCCUGGCAUUGACACUGACAGUGGCACAGAGGAUUCGAUGAAAAUCCCAGUGGAGGCUGAUUUCCUUUAUGCAUAUUCUACAGCACCAGGUUACUACUCGUGGAGGAACACGCAGACUGGUUCGUGGUUCAUGCAGUCCCUCUGCGAGUUGCUGAGUAAACACGGCCCACAGCUGGAGCUCAUGCAGAUCCUGACCCGCGUCAACCACAAGGUGGCGCUGGACUUCGAGUCUGCUUCCAGCAUGCCUGGCUUCCAUGCCAAGAAGCAGAUCCCCUGUAUUGUGUCCAUGCUCACCAAAGAGAUGUACUUCACUCCUUGAAUGUAAACACACACUUAUGUAAUGGGGAUAAGGGUACAAACAGGCACAUUUAUUUUAUUUAUUUUUUUUUUAAUAGGAUGAAUGGGGAUCUGGGGGUGGCGAUAUGACAAUAUAUUAUUAUUUUGGUAAAUUGCGUCACACUGUGGAAUAUUUACGCGGAAUAUUACGGAUGUAGGCAACAUAAAACGAGUUUAAAAUUUGGCUGUAUACUUUGCUUCUUGGUUUUAUUUUUAAAGUAAGGCCAUCCGUCAAUCAACCUCAGUGGGCGGGAUCAGCUCUCAGCCUUGGUUUAUGGAACAGGAAGACAAAAGUAAUCCUUUUUUUUUUUUUUCUCAUGCCAGAUUUAAUGCCUUAUUUUUAGGCCUUAUUUUGAAAUAAAACCACUAUAAUGUCUAGAUAAAUACAUUUGAAAAACAGUAGCAUAUAAAUGCUACUACCUUCUUGGAAAAAGGGGUUCCUCGUAGAUUUUUUACAUUUUUUUGGAUAGUUAAGGAUCUACAUUGAACCUUUUAAGGUGCUAGAUGUACAAAUCCCUGACUGAGGAAAGUUCAGAAUAUUUCAGUGUCAUUUUAGAAAGAAACUUUGAGAGUUUCUUGGGGGCGAACGCCACUUCCAGAUUACUUGAAUAUUUAACUAAUAGGUCAAAAUUUCACUUCAUAACCUGCCCCCUAGGGGUUAGAGUUUGGGAUGAAUGUUUUUUUUUUGUUUGUUUGUUUUUUUUUUUAAAUCUUUAGACAUAUAUCAAAUAGGAUUCAUUAGGAAACGGUUGAACAUUGCAAAAUGAGCCAUAAAGGUCUUGUUAGGGCACUAACGUUGCAGGUAGUUAGCAUUAGACGUCGCAAAAAUGGCAUUUGUUACAGUAGAUAUGGAUUGUCAUGGGGUUUUUAUUUUUACAUUACGAUUUUGUGUAUGUGUAGUUGUGGCGUUACUCUUUCACAACAGGCUCUCGGACAUUUUGUUUCGUAAUUGUUUUCCUCACAUCAACUAGGUGUGAAACAAAACUUAGACUGCAUAUACGAAUCACAACGAGUAACUUAAACAAAAAAGAUAUUUCCUAUGAUUGUUAUACCACAGUACACGCGCUGCAUUCCUCAACUUCAUUCAAUCUACUAUGCUCACUGUUAAAACGGCUAAAUUUGUCAGAACGCUCUUGCUAGGCAGCUGGCAAGCACAGCCAACUAAUGACUGAGGCUAUUCUGUUAGCUAGAUACCACAUAAAGGCUUUAUACAGACAACGUAAGGGCAGUGUGACAGUGAAAAUAAGAUAAAACUGUUAAAAAUGUCUACAUUUUCCUCAGAUGUGCUGGUAAAUUACUAAGAAAAUGCUCCAUAUGACCAAAACCCACACAGUUGCACACAUGUAAUUACUUAGCAUUGGCCGUUAACGUUCAGUGGGUUCUGGUAUGUUGAGAAAUGUCAGCGUUGCAUUAUGACUUGGAGCUUUAUUAACAUUACCAGUAAUGUGGGUUGUUGGUGUAGAAUUUUCUGGUAAACAUUAGAUUAUUGGUGGUUUUAUUACAUGAAUGGCUCAAGUAACAUUAACAAGGAUUUGAGUCAUUAUACCAGCAAGGACAGGAGCCUAAUAUAAUUCCUUCAAAGGAAGUAAGGCCACACAAAUUGCCCAAGAAAAUUGUGUGUCUUGUCAAAUCCUGAGACACAAAGUCAUGAGGAAGGCAGUAUUGGACCGCAGGACGGUUUUUGAGGUUUAUCCAGGUUCUGUUACAGGCCUCUCUCAGGUUUCUCUCGCCUGCGCGCAAACCUUUUUAAGAACUACACCUUGGUCACUGUGGUCAGUCUUUGCUGAAUGUGUCGAUUUCAUUUCAUUUGAACCUGAGCUGAGCCUUUAUCAAAUACUUGAUCGUGCAGGAAAACCUGAAUGACUUUUUUUAAAUUUACUUUCGAUACCCGAACUCCAGUUAAGUCUCGUUUUGUAGCAUUUAUUAUGAUGUCUUUUCCCCCACAGUGAUUGAAAGGGAGUUUUGUAUAUGUACGUUAUUGUUGGAUUUUUGGUUGCUGAACAUCAUAUUGUGAACCUGCAGCUUUAUUCACCCGUAGUAGAGUUUCAACGACUAUCAGCGUUUUAUAAAACCAGCUAUUAACAGGGCUAAAACUAAUCAAAUCAGGGAACUAUCAAAUGUGGCAACUGCGUGUUGUGGGAUCUAGAUAUUGGUGUAUAUUUGGUGCACUAAUACGAAGUUCUUGACUGAAGCUUCCUUUGGGCAAGAAAUCUUUGCAUUCAGCUAACAUUUCAUGCAUUUUUAUCCAGGAUUUGUCUUUAUACUGUCAAGGUGCUGGUUUAUAUGUGUGUUUAUAUAAUCCAUGGCAUUAUAUGAUGAGCCAUAGACUCUAAACUAAUCAGCCAGUUGAAUUUAAUCAUGUAGUGUUUUUGUGGAACAUGACCUUAGACAAGACCUCAAGUGUCCCUUUACUUAACACUUACAAGUGUCUUUGCAUGGACGGACUAUCAUAUGAUGUUGGCAUGAGCCAAAUUAGCCACACGGUGUACGAUCCAGACCAGACUGGUUUAAACAGCAGGCACUGUAAACAUUUUUUUAUAGUAAAGCACCAGUUCCUGUGUUUGCUUUCUGUUCGUGAGGAUGUGUCUUGCACUGCUUGCAUUUGUUGCUUGUAAUGGAUGUCUUACAUGGGAUAAAUAAAUGGCAUUUCUUUUGUGCAA